UUUUUCCCAAUAUACUCGCGAAUAUCGACCGAAAUAGUUAUAAAUUUUUCUCCUCGAAGAAGAAUGAAAGUGUGGAUCCUCGGAGCUCAGCCUAUUGCGACAUUUUAAGACUCGGCGCUCGGAUUUUGUCGAAGUAGCGAAGUGUUGAAGUGUCGAGUUAUCUGGAUGGUGUGAAGUGUGCGCGACUGGUCGCUAAUUCUGAAGUUGUAUAGCUUCUCUUUCUACAAUUGGAAAAUUGGGCUGAAUUUUUGAGGCGGCGCCUGUUUGUUUAUUGUUUGUGAAUCGACGCAGCAACAACCACAUUUUCCGAAAACAAGACGUGGAUCUCGCGGGUGUUCCAGUUUUAAGAUGAGAGGUGAAGUUCGCGAGCCGUAUUCGAAAUUUUCGCGAAGGUGAGGAAGUGUUGGUGGAAAAACCGCGGGAAACUCGACCGAGAAACGGCGAUUUGUGCGUUCGGAAGUUCAGGUGCGUGUGAAUUGUCGCGCGUGUAGCAAGGCGGGAAAUACGUCCAAGGAUCGGCUUGGCAAGUGAUGUAAGAAGAGCGAUCACCUCAAGCGAGCGAAUAGAAAUUCCGAAUCGUCGAGAGAAAAAAAUUCAUAAAUAUGUUACGUAUGCAUCUCAACAUGGGAGCCGCCGGUUUUGCGGUUAAUUUUAGGAAUAUUAUUGUCCGAGAGUGGAUGGUUCUCCUCGUUUUCGCUUGUUUUCGAGAGCUGUCGGGGGGCCUGGCGAUGCCGGACGACCUGCCGAAGCUGCUGGGGUCGGCGGGGCACCCGACGGCGGAGCUGCCCCCGCUGAACUUCCCGGAGCCGAGCGACGAGGGCUUCCGGGCGGCCGGCAACGGGCUGGAGUCCCCGCACAAGGCGCUCCGGGCCCCGGUCCUCUCGCCCCUCACCGAGAUCCUCCGGGCCAGGGGCAGCGAGGCCCGGCUCAACGACACCCUCGCCCGCUUCCCCAUGCAGGACAUCCUCUUCAGGCUAAACAACUUGACCGGGACCCCCGAGUCCCGCCACCAGGACUACGCCAUCCAAUCCUCGUCCAGGUUGGUGAGUUCGUUAUCACGGACGGACUCAAUGAGGCCCCGGGCGGGGGCCGUGAUAGAAGAGAAAGAUGAGGGUAUGGAGACUGCGGAGCUUUCGGCGAAGAUCCAGGCGACCCUGGCCAAGGAGGAGGAUCAGCUCAUCGUCGAGCCUACCAAAUCGGCCGCCGGCUUCGUCCUCGUUGUCGUCGUCGUCUCCGUCGCGUCCUACGUCGCCCUCUUCGUCUGGAGGAAGAUCCUCGAGCAACGAUAUGGGAAUCGAGAGAUGUUGAUAGAUGACGAUCAGUUCUGCCACGCAUCCAACUUGUACGAUUUUCAAUUAGGCUCUGAAAAUGAAAUGUCCUGAGAGGAAAUUGAAAUUGCCAUACUUCGGGAGGAAGGUGAAGUCCAGGUAUAAUGGGACUACAUUUUGCAAUUUGGAACUAGAAAUUCUAGCCCGGUUUAUGAACAACGUAUGUGCUAUUAGUUUCUCUAUGCACAUGAGUGUUUUUUCAGAGGAGGUAGAAUUUAUAGUUCCAAAUUGCAAAAUGCAGUCCAUGAGGGUUCGUUAAGAGGAGACGCGGCAAAAAAUAGAUUGGCAGUUUGAAGUUGCCCCUCCUCUCAAUUUUUGAUUUUAGACUCCAGAAGCCCGAAAGUGUGAAUUACUCUGUAAUACCAUCUACAUUUUUGAAUUCUAAAUGACUAAAUCUUUCAGCCCAUGAACUCAAAAAAAGCGUUGAAGGCGGGAGCCCUUCGAUAGGCUGUGAUGGCUUGAAUUGGCCAGUUCUUAAGAUCGUGAAAAUUCCGUGCGAAGGGAAAAAACCGUUUGAACAUUCAAGUUCAGCCAAAUUCCUAACGAUGAACGAGAAUUUUUAGAACAACUAUAGUCGAUUUUUUUCUCUCAAAAUUUAAAAGAACUUUACUCGCAUAUUGAUUUGUUAUGAAUUGUAUCUUAGCGGACCUAGAAAGUUUCCGAAAUUGUCCUCUCUCCAUUUAAACCUAUGAAAAUAUAUCGAUUCUCGGAAGAGCCAGGUGCCCCGACAAAAAUCGAUUAUUUAACACAGGUUUAAAUGGAGGAAAUUCAGGGUUACUAACCAGCUAGAUCCGCCUCUAGGAAAAAGAGACGGAUGUUCUUUCGUACAGCAUCAAAUAAAUUUGUCAAGGGGCAAAAAAAAGAUACGAAAUGAGAAUUCUAAUAGAAUUUUAUCUGAUCGAUUGCUCAUAAAAUUUACCUCCUAACCUGACUAUUGAACAGCAAAAUUACAAGCAUUAGCUUGUAAUUUUGCUGUAAUGCUUUAAUUUUAAAUUUCGAGUUAUUACUGGAGCGGUUAUUUCGUCAUUUUGGGCAAGCUCUUGACGGACGAGUCAAUUGAAGUGUUAAGUUAUACUUAUUUGCAGUCAAUUUGGGAACGGCACUUUAAAAGUGUCAUAUACUCAACAAAUGGGCUUUAAAUUCCUGAGCAUAAUACCUAAUUUAUUAGUGAUAGUUAUUUUAUUUGUAAAUAUUGUAAUUUUGUAUUAGUUUUAAGUUGUUUAUAAUAAGUAGAUUUCGUUUGCCCGAACGUGGAGAAAAUUCUCAAAUAAAGUGUUUGUUUCAAAA